AUGACUAGAAAGAAUGGGUAUAAAUUGCUUGUAGAGUUUUUUUUUUUUUACACUUUAUUGCUCAGCCCUGGUACGGAGUCCUACGUUCGAAGUAGCAGCGGCGGCAGGGACAUAAUCAGUUGGAGUCAUUUUAGCGGCGUCUUCACGGAGGGGAGGAUACAGAGGAGGUGUCUUCCGUGGUCGGCAAGGAGUAGCACAGCGUCGCGUCCACAGUUGCCUCCGUCACAGUUACCUCCGUCGCAGUUUCCUCCAUCACAUUUGGAGCAGGCGACACAAACUGCGUCACCACCCGUGGAGCCAACCCAACGCGUCAAGCUAAAAAAAAAAGAAAAAAAAAUACUAAAAAAGUACAAAGAUUUUCUGGACAUUUUGCCCAAGAGAGACAGCGAAUAUGCAAUAAACGAAGCGAUCGAAAAAAUAAAAACAUUGGCUGUUCAUAAUUUUGUUGAAAGUAUAGACAUAUAUUUGUCCUUUAAUCAGAAGAGGUCCAAGAUGAACAAAAAUGACAACUUAAAGACGUUCAUUACAUUUCCACAUAACUUGAAAAAAAAAAGGGCAAAAAAAGUAUACGUGGUGACGAAUAGGGAACUUCAGAAAAGGGCCACCGCCUCAGGUGCUGACGUCGUUGGGGAAGACGAUCUGAUCAACAAAAUUAAAGAAAGAGAAAUCAGGCUGAAGAAAAAAAAUAACAAUUUUUUGCUCUGCACAAAUGACGUGAUACACAAACUGGCGCGUGUAGGAAAGGAGGUAGGAAGUAAAGGACUGAUGCCAAAUGAAAAGUCUGGAACAUUGGUGAGUGAAUUUUUGCUCGAAAAGCAUGUGAAGCUUUUUAAGUUUGGGAAUUCAUACAUUUUUAAGCUCAACAAAUUAAACACGCUAAAUUUAAAUGUGGGUGAUGUGUACAUGGCAAAUGAUGAAAUACGAGAAAACAUUUGCCACCUGUUCGAGCAUUUGGAUAACCUGGAGUUUUUUCACUUCAACUCCAAAAAUUUGAAGUCCAUUUUUUUGAGCAGCACCAUGGGCUUCCCCUUCAAAAUUAAGAAGAACUUUUUGUAG